AUAUUUAUCUGCUUUAAAAGAGGAAGACGAGAAAGAAGUCGUUGCAGCAGAUUUUCAGUCAAGGCGGAGGUUUGGGUGUUUCUAGAAUCCAGAGUCUGGACAGGGGGAGCUAGAGCUGCUUUAACUCUUGAAACCAUUCGGCGAUCCAGCAAUGACUUUGGCGGCAGUGAAGAAACAAAAGGAGGAUAUAUUGGGAUUCCUGAAAGAUAAAAAUGUCUCAGAAAUUAUACUCUGUGGGGGUGCUGGGAUGGGGAAAACAUGGAUGGCAAGGGAAAUAUAUGACCAUGAAAAAAACAGUGAAGAAUUAUGCUAUGCAACUCUUUGGUUAUCAAUGAACCGUAGAUAUGACGAGAAGUCACUGUAUGAGAACAUUGCUCACCAGUUGUCAUUACUUUCCACUGCUGAAGAGUGGAAUGGAGAUGAUGAUGGGGUUGAACUGAAUAUUCCAGAGAACUUGAAGAAGCAGAGAUCAGACAUGGAGGAGAAUACAGAUGAUUUGAAGAAGAAAAUAUCUGAAGAGCUCAGUAAAAGGAGAUCAGAGGGGAAAUUUAUUCUUUUGUUUUUGGAUAAUGAAGGGGAAAAAACAAAGAGAGAAUUUGUUCUCUCAAAUUUGGGUUUACAAAAAGUGCUUUCUCAGAAUGGGGGAAAUAAUUUAAAGAUUUUGAUUACUAUGAGAGGAGACUGUGAAGGCUGUAUCAAUGUUAAGAAAACCCCUGUGAUUGAAGGCUGUAUCAAUGUUGAGAAAACCCCUGUGAUUGAAGGCUGUAACAAUGUUGAGAAAACCCCUGUGAUUGAAGGCUGUAGCAAUGUUGAGAAAACCCCUGUGAUUAAGUACUGUCACCUGCCUGAAAGGAGCGAUGUUGAAGAAGUCUUGUCAAAAUUAUUGAAGGAAAAUGUAUGUAACAAUGUUGCCAAGCAUUCAAGUUUCAAUGAGCUGUCUAAAGCUAUUGUUCAAAGGAGCAAUGUUUCACCAGCUUCAAUUAUUGUGCUAGCUGGAGCCUUAAAUGAAUUCACAGAACCUAAGUCUGGGGUUUGUAAAUUAUCAGCUGCUCUAAAAGAGGCAAUUGAUAUUGAGGAAGCACAUGAUUCUGGUGGAGCAGCUCAUUCUGUGGAAGCUGCUGGUUCUGACAAGGAAACUGAUGGUAAGAUGCUAGUCUGCUCUGGGCAUGACACGCUGCCAAAUGCUGUCAUGGUGAACUGUUUUUGGCACAGCUGGCAAUGUUUUUGCACGCAUGGAGCUGUCCAUUUCAAUGAGUUGAUUGCUCACUGGAUAAUGGAAGGCUAUUUGGAUCCCAGAGAUUCUAUGGAGCAGGCUUAUCACAAGGGACACAGUGUUGUGAUGCAGCUUAUAGAUCAGGGCCUGUUGAAGAUACAAGAGGAUAAUAUUGUUGCUGUUGAAGGAGCAGCAGUGAAUAUGAUUGAUUGUCACUGCCGUGACUUCUAUGGAAGAUCUCAUCUG